AUGCAGGCCAAACCAGUCCACACCACCCCAUCACACAUUCCUCCACCCAUAAGGCCACCACCGCCUGUGCACCCACCCCCCUUUUUGCCAGCAACCGUUCCUCGUGCGAUAUCCAUAUCCGUACCCGAUACCCGUGUGACCGUUCCGGUUCAACCAAGUAUAGAGCUUGAUGACUCCAUAACUGCCUUUUGGGACUACCAAUUCCUCUUUGUUUCACAAAGAUCUGAAACAACUCAACCCAUCACCCUGCGCAUCUUGGAUGGCGUGAUUCCGGCCGAUUUUCCCUCCGGUACGUACUAUCUAACCGGACCAGGGCUUUUCGCUGAUGAUCAUGGGUCCACGGUGCAUCCACUAGAUGGUCAUGGAUACCUAAGAGCAUUCACUUUUGAUAAUGUUACUAAGAAGGUCAAAUAUAUGGCUAAGUACAUUAAGACUGAAGCUCAAGUGGAGGAGCAUGACCCAAAGACCAACACAUGGAGAUUUACACAUAGAGGUCCAUUUUCUGUAUUGAAAGGUGGGAGAAAGGUUGGGAAUACUAAGGUCAUGAAAAAUGUGGCAAACACUAGUGUGUUAAGGUGGGGAGAGAAGCUACUGUGUUUGUGGGAAGGUGGGGACCCAUAUGAGAUCGAAUCUGGUACGUUGGAUACGAUCGGGAGGUACAACAUGAUGGACAGUUGUGAUUUGGAAGGGCAUGAUGAGAAUCACGGUGUUGACGUUUGGGAGGUUGCAGCUGGCAUAUUAAAGCCUAUGUUGUAUGGAGUGUUUAAGAUGCCCCCAAGGAGACUCUUGUCUCAUUAUAAGGUUGAUUCUAGCAGGAGUAGGCUACUCACUGUGUCGUGCAAUGCAGAAGACAUGUUACUUCCUCGGAGUAUUUUUAUAUUUAGUGAAUAUGACAGUAAUUUCAAUUUAGUACAGAAGAAAGAGUUCAGAAUACCAGAUCACUUGAUGAUCCAUGAUUGGGCUUUCACGGAGACCCACUACAUAGUAUUUGCCAAUCGCAUAAAACUUGAUGUACUGGGAUCAAUGGGAGCAGUGUGUGGGAUAUCUCCAAUGAUAUCAGCAUUAACAGUAAACCCAAGUAAGAGCACAUCGCCCAUAUACUUGCUUCCUAGGUUCCCACACAAAAUUAAAGGCAAAGAGAGAGACUGGAGAAAACCAGUUGAAGCACCUUCACAAUUAUGGCUAAUGCAUGUUGGCAAUGCCUUUGAAGUUAAACAUGCUCAUGGGAAUUCGGAAAUCCAAAUACUAGCCUCUGCUUGCUCUUACCAGUGGUUCAAUUUCCGCAAGCUAUUUGGAUACAAUUGGCAAAACCAGAAGCUAGACCCAUCAAUAAUGAAUGUAAAAGGUGAAAAUGAAUUAUUGCCUCAUCUUAUUCAGGUCUCUAUAAAAUUAGAUUCUGACUACAAUUGCCAAGAAUGUAACGUAAAGACCAUGCAGAAAUGGAAGAAAUCCUCAGACUUUCCUGCUAUCAAUCCUGAAUUUUCUGGCAAGAAAAACAAAUAUCUCUAUGCUGCAACUACCUUAGGAUCUCGCAAAACAUUGCCAAGUUUUCCUUUCGAUACUGUUUUGAAAUUAGAUUUAAUGAGUGAUUCUGUACAAACUUGGAGUGUUGGAAGUAGAAGAUUCAUUGGUGAGCCUAUUUUUGUUCCCAAAGGUGACGAAGAGGAUGAUGGCUACCUUCUUGUUGUUGAGUACGCUGUUUCAAUGCAGAGAUGUUAUCUCGUUAUCUUGGACCCAAAAAGGAUAGGAGCAGCCAAUGCCCUUGUCUCAAGACUUGAAAUUCCAAGGCACUUAAAUUUCCCCCUAGGUUUUCAUGGUUUCUGGGCAGCUAGCUGA